AUGGCUAGCGCUGCUAAGGGUAAAGUCUGUGUCACUGGGGCGUCUGGUUUCAUCGCCUCCUGGCUCGUCAAGCGGCUUCUUGAGUCUGGGUACCAUGUCCUCGGAACAGUCAGAGACCCAGGGAAUGACAAGAAAGUAGGACACCUCUGGAAUUUGGAAGGCGCAAAGGAAAGGCUGCAGCUUGUGAGAGCUGACCUCUUGGAGGAAGGGAGCUUUGACGACGCUGUGAUGGCUUGUGAGGGCGUCUUCCACACUGCAUCGCCUGUCAUCACUAAAUCUGAUUCCAAGGAGGAAAUGCUUGAUUCAGCAAUAAACGGCACUCUGAACGUGCUACGCUCAUGCAAGAAGAAUCCAUCCCUCAGGAGGGUUGUCCUGACAUCUUCGUCAGCGACCGUGAGGAUCAAGGAUGAAGCCGACCUGCCCCCUAACGUGUUGCUGGAUGAAACGUCAUGGAGCUCCAUUGAGUACUGCGAAAGUCUCCAGAUAUGGUAUGCCGUUGCAAAGAUCCUCGCCGAGAAGGCAGCCUGGGAGUUUGCCAAAGAGCACAGGAUCGACCUUGUGACUGUUCUUCCAACCUUCGUUAUCGGACCUAAUCUGUCUCCUGAGCUCAGCCCCACUGCUUCUGAUGUCCUCGGCUUAUUCCAAGGAGAGACGGCGAAGUUCACGGUGUACGGGAGGAUGGGGUACGUCCACAUCGACGACGUGGCGAGGUGCCACAUCCUGGCGUACGAGUCCGCGGGCGCCCACGGGAGGUACAUCUGCAACGCGGCGGUGCUAGGCUGCGGCGACCUCGUCGCGCUGCUCGCGCGGCGGUUCCCGGCGUACCCGAUCCCGAAGAGCCUGCCCAGCGUCUACGGCGAGCAGUCGUACGGCUUCGACACGUCCAAGGCCCGCGCGCUGGGGCUGGCCGAUCUCAAGGGCGUCGAGGAGAUGUUCGACGACGCCGUCGACUCGCUCAGAGGCCAUGGCCAUCUCCCCGCCGCCAAGGACGCCGGCGCGCGUAGCCUUUGA